CUGUAAUGAUCCCAAAUUGUACGGUGUUUCUUUCUGUGAUUACUGUUGAACCAACUUCUUCUAAUGCGAUCCAGCGUGUGUACGGCAAACAUUGUUAAUUAAAUGCCUUUUUUGGUCGACUGCAUUUGAUUUACUUCAUUUAAGCAUUAGGGUCAGUUUGCAACUGCCUUAUAAGGUCUAAUGCAGAGGCUCGUAGUGAUAGCACACUGCAAUUGGGUGAAGUAAUGUGUGGAUUCCUGACACUGAAUGGUAUACCUGGUUUCAUAAAUUUAAAUUCUUGUUUCAGAGGUCAAUAUAUCCUGCAACAACGGUAAGUUCCCAGCUGCACAUGAAAAAAUAUCAGCAGUGACAUUAUCAACUGCUAAUGGGACUUAGCAGGGCCAAAGCCAAGUGUGUAGGUGCAACUUCUUAUUGCAAUAUGAAUGCCCAUGGACAGAAAAUUGGAAGAAAGGUACUGAAAAUCUUAUUGAGUACAGAGAAAGCUCGUUUAAUGCCUUAUUCUCAAGGGUUUUCUUUGCCAAGAUAAAGAUGCAUCUUAUGACUUACACGUGCAAAAGUCAAGACUGAGAGAGUCCACAUGAUGGCCCCUUGAAACCCCGAGUUGAAGUCAAAUGUGAUUUUUCUACGAAGAUAGGCAGUGAAGUGUCGACAGAGGACAGCUUUUCAAGUACCGCAUUGUUGGAGUGGUGGAAUGGAUCCAAGUAUAUCACUAUCAGCUUCUUGAGAGUGGUAAAUGACAGGAAGGUGUUGUACCUUUCUGGCAUUUACAACUUUGAAGUUGAUACGAUGAUGAUGAUAGUAUUAGGACCCAUUCUACCACUGGAACCAUGCAGUAUUUGAAAAACUGUCCCUCUGUUCACACUUCAUUAGCUGUCUGUCUCAAGUUCUUAACUAUUGCCUUGACUAAAAUGGAACAGCAGUUCACCUAUUUCAAUUGUAAGUUUAGUUUUUGUAGUUCAUUGUCGAUUUUCCUCAAUCUUCUCCACCCAAUCUUAUCACCUUCUCUGAUCCUGCUGUAAGCAUGCACCUUCCUACUCUACACUUGAUCAUCAUCACGCUCCUGAUUCCUUGGCCCUUCAGUUCAGUGCUUCUCUGCGCACCUGACAGUGUGCUUGUCCCUGGCAUGUGUCUUACUCCUGGAAAAACUCUCACCUCGGAUCAAGGUUCGUUCGCCUUAGGCUUCUUUACCCCCUCAAACUCAACUAAAAAUAUGUAUGUUGGCAUAUGGUUCAACGAUAUCCCAUUGCACACCGUUGUCUGGGUUGCCAACCGCGAUAAUCCGAUCACCGAUGCUUCAUCCGCGGUGCUUUCUAUGACCAACAGCUCGAGCCUUGUGUUGUCUCAAACCAAUGGCCGCCACAUACUUUGGAUGGAAAACACAAUUACUGGCGGCAACUCUUCAGCCAAACUUCUCAACAGUGGCAAUCUUGUAGUCCUAUCAUCAGACGGUGCCAUGUUAUGGCAGAGCUUCGAAAACCCAAGCGACGUCGUCCUUGCUGGUAUGCCUAUGCGGGACACCCACAAGACACACCCACCAUGGCGGAUCAUCUCUUGGAAGGGCCCUGAUGACCCGUCAAAAGGCAGGUUCUCUGCUGGGAAAGACCUUGCCACUCCCCUACAGUACUUCGUCUGGGAUGGGUCAGUGCCAUACCGGCGUGCUCCAGUGUGGAAUGGCUAUGUAUACUCCAACAUGGAACUGCAGACUGUUAGUUCGCUCAUGUAUUUGACAAUUAACAAGGGCACGGACGAUGAGACCUAUGCAACAUUUGGACUAUCAGAUGGCUCCUCCAGGAUAUUUUACAAGGUUGACUACUCCGGAAAGACAAUGCUGUUGAGAUGGAAUACCAGCUUGACAGAUUGGACCGCCGUUGAACAGUUGCCAGCUUACCAGUGCAAUCUCUAUGGAUAUUGUGGUGCAUAUGGCUACUGCGACAACACAGAGGCAACUCCCACAUGCAAGUGCCUUGAUGGAUUUGACCCUAGUAACAAAACAGAGUGGGUUAGAGGCAAUUUUUCUCAUGGUUGCCGGCGAAAGGAGGAACUGCAGUGUGGUGGAGAGGACAGUUUCUUGACCUUGCCAGCAAUGAAGGUGCCAGACAAAUUUGUACGCCUAUGGAAUAAAAGCUAUGAUGACUGUGCAGUUGAGUGCAGCAAAAAUUGCUCAUGUGUAGCGUAUGCUUAUGCUAAUCUAAGCACCAGCAACAUUGAUGGGGAUGCAACAAGGUGCCUGCUGUGGACCGGGGAGCUGAUUGACGUGGAGAAGGGUGGCGCCGUCGGCAAUGAGAACCUGUAUCUCCGGCUUACUGCCUUGUCAAGCAAAGGGCGAAAGAGCAUCGUAAUAAAAGUUAUACCAGCAAUUUCAGCAAUUGUGUUGCUGAUACUUCUAUUGGCAUGCCUGGUAUGGUUCCGCAAGUUUAAAGGCAAACAUGACAAAAAAGGAAGACUGAAGAGACUGAUGAUGGGGGAUUUGCGCAUUAGUGAUGGACUUGGAGAGGAGACUCAUGAAUUUCCGUUUAUUAGAUUUGAGGAAAUAGUCGAUGCAACAAACAACUUCUCUAUGUACAAUUUACUCGGAGAAGGCGGCUUUGGCAAAGUUUACAAGGGGCUCUUACAUGGCAACAAAGAAGUUGCUGUUAAAAGGCUGAGUAGAGGUUCUAGGCAGGGGGGCGAUGAAAAGCUACUUAUUUAUGAGUAUCUACCAAACAAAAGCCUGGACAUCUUCCUUUUCAAUUCUGAAAAGAAGCCAAUGCUUCAUUGGCCGACACGAUUCAAUAUAUUAAAAGGAGUGGCUAGAGGGCUACUCUAUCUCCAUCAAGAUUCAAGACUGAUGAUAAUUCAUAGGGAUCUCAAAACAAGCAACAUUUUGCUAGAUGGAGACAUGAAUCCCAAGAUAUCUGAUUUUGGCAUGGCAAGAAUCUUUGGUGGAGACGAGCAACAAGAAAACACUAACCGAGUUGUCGGAACAUACGGUUAUAUGUCUCCGGAAUAUGCAAUGGAAGGCCUCUUUUCUGUGAAGUCUGAUGUCUAUAGCUUCGGGGUAUUGCUCUUGGAAACUGUAAGUGGUCUAAGGAUAAGCUCAAUGCAGAACAUCAAGGAGUUCCCCAACCUUAUAAUAUAUGCAUGGAGUCUAUGGAGGGAAGGGCUGGCAAAAGAUCUUGUGGAUCCAUCUGUUUCAGAGAGCUGCUCAGAUGAAGAAGUUUUGUGUUGCAUUCAUGUCGGGCUCUUGUGUGUUCAGGAUGACCCGGAUGCGAGACCACCAAUGUCAACUAUUUUAACAACCUUGGAGAGUAGAAGCACACCACUUGCAACGCCUGAUAAGCCGCUGUAUUUUUCUCGGAGAAAUAGGUAGCAAAGAGAGCAGACUACGGCCAGGACUCUGUGGAUACGGAGACUCUUACAGUAGUAGAGGGGCGGUAGGGUCUAAAUUAUUUAGCUGCCACCGCAAUCACAUGCACUGGAGUUCUCCUUUGAUGUGGCAUGGUAUGCCUUAAAGAAAUUCUUGUUGUAUUUGUAUUUUCCUCUGGGGUUCCACUGUGAAGUCUGGACUCUGGACAAUUACAGUUUCUAUGUCGUGACGAGUACAGAAUAUUUAUUUUAUAUGGUAAAAAAAGACGGAAGUAACAAAGA